AUGUCUUUUACAAAACGACGUGGGCGGAAGGCCCAGGAUCCAAAUGAGCUUGUGGAAAGGGCAAUCCUGAAUGGUCUUUCUCACGACCGCUCCCGACUUGAUCCGCACCCAGUCAGGCGCAACUUAGGGGAAGGCAGCAAAGAAAGGUAUAAUCGCGAGCUUAUGAUAUGGGGAGCGUAUGAGAAAACGUUUACAGGAUCGACGCCGCUGGAUAUGCAGACUCUAAAGCAUUUUGCUGAAUUUCUUGCAUUGUCUAAGUUAGGUCGACUGCCUCAAGGUAGUGGAAAACAGCUACCCACUGCCGGAAGUGUCCGUGGUGCAAUGCGAAGGUUCUGUAAUGCAUGGGAGCGUGCAAACCAUACAUAUAUAUCCCUCGACGUUAAGAGGUCUAUGGCUCCGUAUAUCGAAGGGGAACUGGCCAAUAAGAUAGGCCUUCUGACAGGGAAGAAAGGCCAGAGGAAAAAGGCUUUCAUUACUAUCGAGAACUAUGUUCACAUGCAAAACCGCCUGUGGACAAACGAUUUCCAUGACUAUGUUCAUGAAGGAAGCCGUGUUGACAAUGCUAACUUGUUGAACACACACUGCUUUACCUCUGCGAGAUGCCAGGAACUCUGCCAGGCAAAAUAUAAGGACCUAGAAUGCAUCCUGUCAUGGAAAAACGGAUGCCCAGAGUUUCGUCUGAAAUUCACAAGGGAAAUUUGCAAAGGGACAAAUACCAACCAGCCUGAGCAUCCUUUCGCGGAACAGGUCGAGGGACCUGACGGUAUGCCACCACCUCUGUUUGCGCAACCUAUGUUGCAUUGGUUGGCCAACCUCAUUUCUUCCCGCGCGUUUGCCGAUUUCGAUACAGUCGAACAAAUUUUGGCGCUUGAGCCGCCAAAGAACGGAAACUUUCGUAUACUUGAAUGGGCAGAUGAUGCGCAAGAAAAGCCGGUAUUUCCGGAGUGGUCCACUACAGAAUGCAAAACGAAAUCGAAAAAUCCAAAAUCAUGGGUCACACAGUUUUCAGACUGGGGGAACCGCGCUGGUUUCACCGCGCAACUAGGAUUACAUGCUGUACGCCGCGAGGCUCUCAUCAAAGUGAAUGAUAACGGCUAUUCACUCGGCCAAGUGCUACGAUUUGCAUCACAGAGUAACCCCGGUGUACUUGUCAAUAAAUACCUCGGCAGUGUUUCUACUGUAGAUGGUGCGGGGAGCUAUCUAGGUAUGAAACUCCGAACCGACUUGGCGGAAGACUUCCGAUCAGCAUCAGUGAGAAGGAACCCUGGUCUUCGGUUUUCGCUCCCCGCCAGGGAAACAGAGGAGUUGCAGAAUAGCCCAGAAUACCUUUAUUUGACCAGGAAGAUCAACAAGAUUAACUUAGAGCUCGAGGACUCGAAGACGCUCGAAGAACAAACACAACUAGAGAUACAGAGGAAAGAUGCUUACAAACAAAGGUUGCUUCUUGAAAACAAAAAGCUAAAAGACUUCCAAGCAAACCAGAAGGUCAUAUAUGAUACCAAUCAAGAGGACCACGAGCAACACGAUUGGCGCCAAAAUCAUUUCAGCCGCAUCAGUCACAUGCUUCCGGAGGAACGGGUACGCCUUGCACAAACUUUACCUAUGGUAGCCCACCCCCGAAGUCCUGAAUGGAUUACUGCACUUAAGGACCUGAUCUCACUGCGGUCAAACUCAUAUCCUGUAGCUUAUCAGCAAGAGCUACGUCCAGCCCAUGGCCUCUGUCCCGUCGCAACCUGUGGUAAAGAUCUAUCCAAGAUACAGAAGAAAGACCGAUGGUGGCAUGUUUAUCGAUGCUUAGAGAAGUGGCAUUCCAAGGAAGAAGGAUGCGCCAGAUUUUGCUUCCUGUGCAGUAAGUGGCUGAAAGGUGAAGUGUCUUGGAAGGCUCACUGUGAGGACCAUAUUGCAAAACUGGCAAUCCCGAUCCGCUGCAACCCCGUCACUUACCGCCACGCAGUGGCAUGCGCUGGAUACUGCCCUGUACAUCUAGGCAGAACAGAUCUCCCAGUAACAGAGAGAAUGCGCCAAUGGUCUGACCAAGACGCUUGGAAGCGUCACAUUGCUCACUGCCUUUCGACACACCUCAUUAGCCAACGACACUCAAAGGUCAUCGCUUGUCCUCAUCCUAAAUGCCCUACUAAGUUUAUAUCUGAGAAAGACUUUUGGUAUCACCAAGGCGAUAUCCAUAGCGUUUUCGAAAAAGCUACAGCAAUUACCAAGCGCAAAGCUGACCUGGGCGAAAGUCACCUCACAUCAGGGGGUCCGCAAAAGUCAAAGCGGAUAGAAAUUGAGCAGCAAACUGGAUUUGAGUGGGUGCCACUCAUUUCAGAGGCCAAUAACGCCGCUCAGAAGAGUCCAUAUCUCUCAGACUGUUCAACAGGGGAAAUUUCUAGUCCUUCACCAGGGAGCACAAUUGGAGCGUAUGGUCAGACCGACGCAGCUGAUAUAUAUACGUCUGACUCCUCAGAGAAUUCGUCUUCUUAUACAGACAAUGAUUCUGGGAUCGCUAGACCUGGCCUUAACUCCGAGGUAUUUCUCGACCGGAUAGACGAGGAAUUCUUGGCCGAAGGUCCCAUAUCGGGUGAAGAUAACACUUCAUUGCCUGUUGAUCCUCAACUAGUCUCAGGAGAUGACAUCAUUACUUCGUGUGAGCCUGUCCCCACAAUAGCAACAGGCACUGGGCCAAUGGAGGUCACGACCAAGGGACACAGCAAUGGUGAUACACAACCACACUAUCUGCUUGACGUAAAGCUCAAGGAGCUAAAAACCCCAAGUGGUAGAGUUAGAAAAUAA